UUUUUGUCAUCCUUACAGAAGCGCUCCUGGGGCUGGAAGACCUCCGCUGCCCGCGGCUGUGCCUGCUGCUUGCACUCUGUAACGAACAAGCGCCUGGCACCAGCAGGGCGCCCUGGGGAGAGCUCGGCACAAGGGAAGAUUUUAAAUACAAGGCUGCAACAGGAUAUACUCCAAAACCAGGUUUAUAGUGAGGACAUCCAUCCAGCAAGCUCUGCUAACUUUGCUGGAGAUGGAGCACUGCGGCUUUUGCCCUUCUGGAUAGCAAGCCAGGAGCGACACAGCGAAGGUGCUGGAACGAUUUCUGCAGUACGACCGAACACGUAACCUCGGUGGCCUGUGAACAAGCGUGCAUGAAAGGUUUUGUCAGCGCGGUCGUUUGAGGACCAGGCGGUCCCCUUCGCCUCCGACCGGGCUCCCCCGCGGCAGAAGGGCGGCGGAAGACAGGGAGGGGGGCUAGGUGCCCGCCACGGGCGGGGAGGGGGAGGCCGGGCUGGAGAAGCAGCUCCGACCCUCGGCACAGGCAGGCGGGCGGGCCGGAGUGGGCCGGGCGGCCGCGGCCGCUGCCUCUCGCACAGGCGGAGCGGCGGUGGCAGAGACAGGUCGCGACAGCCGCCGCUUCCCGGCGGGAGGGAGGGCGGACGGGCGUGGAGCCCCGCUGCCGCCGCCGCCGCCGCCAUGGAGAAGCAGCCCGGCGGCGAGGACGACUGCGUAGACUCGGGAGCCGAGACGGGCGGGUCUGAGUACAGCCGUAUGUCCUCUACCAGCAGUGAGCUUUCUGUGGAAGGCAUACAAGACCCAUUCCUUGUCAGUGUGCAUAUUAUCACAGACCCAGGUGAAUCCAAGACUCUUCAGCAAGCCAUCGAUCAACUCCUAGCCUGGAUCCAUCCAGACCUCCAGCUGUUUCGAGUCUCGGAAAGACGAGUGCCCAAGAAGCGCAAGAAGCCGGGCAAGGCUGGUGCUGCUCAGCCAGCCCUGGCCAUCAUUCUGUUUCUCCAGGAGGAGUACGGAGAAGAGCCCAUCCUGCAGCUCCAUCAAACCUUCCAGCGGCCGCCUUGGCGCUACCACCACACGGAGCGUGUGCACGGCAAGUUCCUGCCGUACAUGCCCUGCAGCCAGGACUUCUACUCCCUGGCUCCGGAGACUCCGCUGUGGGCCAUCCGCCCGGUGCACUACGGCAGGGAGAUUGUCCGCUUCACGGUGUACUGCAGGGGCGAAAGCUUCGCCCAGAGUGUGAAGCUGUACGAACUGCUGCUGAAAAGACCUGUGUGUCAGGAAAAAGCAGACUUCUGCGUUUUCCCUGUCUACUCCAACGUGGACAUAGACAUCCAGUUUUCCUUAAAGAGACUGCCGCAGGGCCAUGUGCCAGUGCCGACCGAGGCAGCCGUGCUGGAGUUCAGGGUGAAAGAUGUGCGGCAGCUGGCGCCUCUUCUGCCCAACCCGUGCAGCCCCAUCAGCGAAGGCAGGUGGCAGACAGAAGACCAUGAUGGAAAUAGGAUCCUUCUGCAGCAAACAGGCAGUUGGUGUAGGAAGUCUGCAAAGCAGCACAAGCAACCCAAUCCAUCUGUGUCAACAGAUUCCUACUUCACUGCUCUGCCAGCCUUUCUUCCUCAGAGCCACCGAUAUGUCCCUGAACAAGCAAAAGAAGCAGCUCAAAACAAGGUAUGCCACACUAAUGGCCUUGGUCAUUAUCUUGUUUUUUCCCAGCAGGACUUGAGACACAGUGAUCAAGGGGACUUGACACGGAGCUCCAGCAGUGCCUCCAGCAUUUCAUGGUCAUUUCAACGAAGCAAGUCUCUCUUCUGCUUGCCUACAGUGAACUCCUCCUCAGCUUCAGAGACCUUUCACUUUGGUGAACCGUUUCAGUUUUCAAAUACUGGGUCACCUGCAGCCAGGUUAAAAACAUGGAGAUGCAGCCCCAGGCUUAAUAUUGAUGAUUUGGAGGGUGCCCAGGAGACCGAUGUAGAUACAGGGAUGAAGCUAUCUGUCUCAGACCUGUCUGUGGUCUCUGCAUACUCUGCCCUUAAUGGAUUUUGCAAUGACAUGGAAGCCUCUCUUCCCCUAUGGAAACAACCUGUCAGUAAGGCUGAACCGCAGGCCACUGGUGGAAGGCCUCUAUCAGAUCCGUGCAAUGCCUUUGAGUCAGUUGAUGGUGCACUGCCUUCUCUUUCUGAAUGGUCUUCCAGCUCAUUCAUGCCAGCAUCUCUCUCCAAGCAGCCCAAACAGUCCUCACCAGCAGCUGCUUGUUCUCUGGAUGGUCGUGGUAGUCCAGCAUCACCAGCUAAUGAAGAAGAAUUUUACAUCUGAAGUUUCUUUGUCUUACACCUUUUUGGGGCAAAUGUGAGAGUAGUGGGCCCACCCUGAGCUUGCAGAAGGUUCCUUGCUGAGGAGAGGUGACAAAACAGAGCAUGGUAAAUAUUUGGAGAAAGCCCUUGGAUCCCUCAGAGAUGGUUGUCCCUAAACUAUGCACGGCAAAGCAGUCUGUUCUUACACCCUGUACCUUUGUACUGAGAGAGAUGAUCAGCAGCGGCUCGUCCAUGGCAGUGCAAAGUGGAUGGUUUCUAUGACUGACCCUUAGGCUGGUGGCGAAGGACAUACCCAAAGAGUCAGAUAAUAAUCCAGUUUUCUGUGGCAGAAAACAAAGGUUCAUUUGUGACCACAAACUCCUUUAACUUUCUUGAGACAAUUCUCUUUAAAUCAGGAUAAAGGAGAGAAUAAAGGGGUCACCUUUCCCUUCCACAAGUCCAGUGGCAGCUCUAAGCACAGCAGGCCCCAGUAACAAGUCUCCGAAGAGUGGAGUCAGGCAUGACGUUUCCUGUGAAGACAUGUUUCCUUCAUUCCUCAGACCUGGAAGUGCUGAGGUGAGGAGAAGAAGUAGUUCUGCUGUAUCUUUUACUUUGACAGCCCAGGAUACAGAAAGUGCCAAAAGGGAAACCUUUCACAGCAUGUUCAACUCUCAAAAAUGGGUUCCCCCAGCCACUGUAGACAGUGGUAGCCCAAGUAAACAAUGCUUGCUGCUUCUAACCCAUGCAACAGUUUUGGAAUACAGAACAUGGAAGGCAGCCCAGCAUUUGUAUGUUUUGCUACAAGGUUAGUCCCAAGUCCAUGGCAGCUCCCUAUUUUUUAAGAGGUUAUGUGUCUGUAAUUAAUUCAGAAACAUAUUCUUCAUACCUGCGGCCCAAGUGUACGUCUUUAUGAUUAAGCCACAAUCAAUUCCCAAGUAACUCUCUCCAAGGUCAAAUUUUACUGCCUUUUCAGGUGAUGUUUGUAAAAUGCUCGUUCUUGGUAGCCUUUUCUGCUACAAUUGAUUUGGUAUUUAAAAAAAAAAUAAAUAAAUCACAAAAAGUAAGGAAAAAAGCUGUGAAUGUGACCGCUAAGGAUCAUCACUGGGAUUUGAGCUGCAUGCACAGAUCACGCACGCUUUUGGCAGAGAAGUACUGCUGAUUUCAGCUCCGGUCUAGCCAGGGAGACAACAGCCACACUGAAAGGAGCGAGAAUGAUGCUGUAGGUAACUAUGUACAGAUGCAGAAGACCUGCCAUGAUGGCACUGUGAUGGGUGGAAUAGCAGUGCAUUUGUGCACAAAAACGUUUGCUGUGUUACCAGUAGUUUUACUCAGGAGAACUGAUGCUUCGAAAUUAUAGUAACAAAAAAAGCCAAGCAAUCAAAAGCCCCAAAAGUACACACACUCUAUAAAUAAUUGUUACAGUAAGUAGAACACUUCCCAUGACCCGUUUAAGCAAAAGCAGUUUAUACAAACAAUUCUGGAAGAAAGCCUGAGGGAAGUUGAGUACAGGUUUCAAGGGGGUUUAUAGGGAUUCUAUUAAACCCACACUCCCAGUCCAGAAGAGGCCAGAGGGACAGUCAAGAGUCAGGAUGCUACUCCUCAAGGAUUUUUCCUUUUGCUGUGAUUUUAUUCAUGCAGGGAAAGAGGCAUCAGGAUGAAGCUCAAGAUUCCUCUUUGUCAGAUGCUAUCAUAGCAUGCACCAGAGGUAGACUCUGUUUUCGGUGCUAAACACAAUAUAUAAAUAGGAAACUCCUGUGAAGCUCUAAGAGUACAGGAGAUCAUCAACCGCCUCUUGCCCUCCAGACUGUUUAGGCUUAGUCCAGUUUUGGGUAAACUGUUCUAUUAUGAAAUGCCUGGGACCAGGAAUAGCACUGAUGAAGGAGAUGUCAGGAUGUGCAUGUGUUUACCUGCUCUGUACUCCCUCAGAGUCCAUGCAGUCUUUCCUCUGAGUUGUGUGGCCUUUAGAUGAGCUGCCCUCUGAACACAGCAGACCCCAUGUACCCGAAGCCUGAUCUCUGUGGUGGUGUUUGUACCCUGUCGAAGUGCUUGUGAAACACUGUGAAGGCAGAGCAACAGUUUUUCCAUCAGCUUGCACUAUAUGAACAGCUAUGCUUAGGACUGGUUUAAAGUUUUGAUUCAGUUAUUUCCUGUCAUAUUUAUGACAGUAUGAAAAUAAAGGAGGAAACAGCAUCAUAUAUUUUAUGGGACAGAAAUUUUAUCAACACUAGCCACUUACAGAUAGCACAGUGAGUAGGAUCAAUUUGGUUCAAAUCUGUUACAAAUGAAGUACUCAUUAUUUGGAACAUAAAAAACCCCAGCACCUCACCACCAUAUUUUCAUAGUAUUCAUAACAUAUGACCGGAACAUAAAAUCAGAAACUGGUUUGAGCUCAUGUCUGUCUGAUCCUGGAAUCAUGCCAACAUCCAGACUCCCAACAAGAGCUGAUUGGGGCUUUUAAUGAAGAGGAGGCUUUGAAACAUCUUUGCAGCCCAGGUGUGCCUCUGCAAGAAGUUCAGCACAUAUGGGGACCAUCUCCUGAUGUGACAGUACGAACUGGUACUGGCGGUCUGCAAACAAGCACAGCAUAGCUCCAGUGUCAAUCCUGAGGCUCAUGUGUGGCAUUAACCAGCAGCUCUACAAUCAUCUCAUCUCCAGAUCUUACCCCAUUAAUCCUAGUGGGAAGAAAGCCAAAUGAGCUGCCACAAACUAAGUUUAUGCAAUCUCCACUGGUUCUGUCUUCAAGUGUUUCUGUUUUGUUUACUGGUUACUUAACUAGAAAUAAACUUUUUAAUUGUUUCCAUUCAUGGUGCUUGUAACCAGAUUUUGGCAUAAUGGAGUGUCCUGCUGUCAGGUAGAACAGAGAUGACACUGCACAGAAAACUUUUUGUCUGUAAUAAAGCAAGUCAGACUUUGA